GUUCAUGAGUUCAUGACGAACAGAAGGCAAUCACGCUGCACGUGAAUCCCCGCUCAGCCCCACCACGGUUCGAGCAAUGCCAUUGGCCACUCCCCCCUCUGUUCCUGCCUCGCGCCUUUCAAGUCGCCAACGCGAAAAUCCUCGGGCAAGUCGUGUGUGUCAAUUAAACAAAUCCCUUUCCCUUCGCACCGGGUCGUGAGAAUCGCAUUGAUUGUUCGCCCUCGCUACUGCCUUGCCACUCAGAAAAUCACUGUCUUGACCGUGGCGUUUUGCAGCUUGCCGCUGUGUCUCAACCCAGUAUCUUCCUGCCUGGCGCCGGACAUUGUACAGGUGCACAUCCUUGGUGUCGCAUUCUUCGGUGGCAGGUUCGCUCCAGGCCAACUUGGAAUUCCGACCGAGCAGCCAACCUCGUUUCGCCGAACACAGCGCGCACCCAUAGCACUUCCAACCCCCGCCUUCUUUCCAGUUCUCUACCUCAUGGUUUAACCCGAAUCGCACAUCGAGCAAUAUGCCUACACCGCAGAAACGCGCGCAACGUGCGCGCCGCGAGUUGCGCAGCGAUGCGAUUGCUGCAUCGUCGUCACCAUCGCGCCCCUCAAAGCGGCGAAGAGUGAACGACGAUGCGCCCGCCGAGGCAGCCGAGACCUCGGAGCCUGUCGACGAAGGUGACUCCUCGAACGUUGCCGACCAGUCUGUGGUGGAAGAUGACGACCAGCUUGUCACACGGGUGACUCAGAGUCUGUUGGCUCCCGCCGUACCUGUGCAGGCGAGCAGAGAUCAUUCCAACAGCAUCCACGAGUCCAAUAAGGAAGGAGUCAAGGCAUAUGCGAAGAUUGCGGCCGUCGAUUGGACAUACUACAUCACGAACCUCGCCGUCAACAUCGGCCGGUCGUCCGAGCCCGCUCAGUCUCGCGCCGACCAGGCUCAUGACGAUCAUGUCGAUUCGGUGAACAUCGACCUGGGUCCCAGUAAGCUCAUCUCACGGCUUCAUGCCAUCAUCUUCUUCAACCGCGACCAGGAGAAGUGGUGGUUACUCGCGAAGGGUCGCAACGCGCUCAAGGUGGAUGGCACGCCGUGGAAAGCCGGCCAGAGCGGCCCCCUCCGGAGUGGCGAGGUUAUCGAGAUUGGCGGCGUCGAGAUGAUGUUUGUUCUUCCCACUGAGCUUAGCCCCCUCAAUAUUGCUCCGCAAUACCUCGAACGAGCGGGCAUUAUCAAGCCGGAGCCUGCGCCAGCUCCUGCGCGGCCGACGCGACAUCCCCUUCCAUCAGGCGAUGGCACCCACUCGAGUUCGCCGACUAAAUCUUCGCGGGGCCAAAACUCGUUGAAGCCGUUGGCCCCGGCCCAUCCCGACCACAAGCGCCCAGGUACUCCUCCAUCCGCCCGAGCUCGUGCUGCCGCGGCGACCAAGACCCCCGUUACCGAGCACGGAGCCGCCCCGGUAAUGAUGAGCCACAGUGAUGUGGAUCUGAGCCUGGAUGAGAAUCGGCAUAUCAAGCCUCAAUAUAGCUAUGCGCAGAUGAUCACGCAGGCCAUUAUAAACACUCCAGAUCAGAAGCUCAACCUAGCCGGUAUCUAUCACUAUAUUCAAUCGCGGUACGCCUACUAUCGGCACCAGCCCGCGAAUGGUUGGCAGAACUCGAUUCGCCACAACCUCUCGCUGAACAAGGCGUUCGAGAAGAUCGCGCGGUCGACAGACGAGCCUGGAAAAGGCAUGAAGUGGCAGCUCGUCUCCGACUCCCGCGAUGAAAUGGUCCGCGCCGCUUGGCGAGGGGGCCGCGGCGGGCACCGUGGUUCCUCCAACCCCUCAUCGCCAAGCCAGUUGAGCUACAUCACGUCGGGACCCAAGGACAUGGCCGCCAGGGACCCCAUGUCGGGACGCAAGCGAAAGGUGUCGCCAUCUGGGUCACCGCAACCCCGCUCGUCACUCAGGGACUCGCACUUGACCCCUGUGCGGCCGACUCGGAAACCGUUGCCCGACGAAGCCGGGGUCGGCACGGAUGACAGUCCGCUACCUCGCGCGCGGAAGCCAAACACGUCGAGCGCCCCAGGGCUGGCGGAGAAUGCACCGGGAUCACCAACCCUGACAUCGUCGUACCUGCAAGACGACAGCGCGUCGUUUGUCACACCAGCACCGCUUCGAGUGCACCCCAAGCUCGCUCCCCCGAGCACGGCGCAAAGGCCGAGCCAGCACAUGCCGACAAGCUCCCCAGCGCCGUUCUGGAAGUACGCCGACAUUGGGAGCACUCCGCUGAGGCCCCCUUUGACGUCUUUCGACCUCAGCCCGUCAAAGACGCCGAGUGGCGUUCCUAUCGGCAGCAGCAGUCCUCCGGCGGCGGCACAGAGCAAAUCGCCCGCGCGGAGCCCGACAAGGUCCACCAGCCGAGCGGCGGUUGAUGCCUCGCCGAGUCCGGCGGCGGAUGACGAGGAUCAUGGGUUCGAUUUGACGAAGUAUGUCACCCCAGCUUGAGAACAGAGGUGCCCCGGCCAAAUGAAAUGAAAACAACUGUUGGCUGACAAUGCCUUUAGAGGUUUCCAGAGCAUCGGGAGCUACCACGCCCCUGUUGCCCAGGGCAAGCAGGUGCAGCCCGCGUCGAACGGAGAGUUGGCCGCCAGCCGGUCUGCUUAAGACCGCCAAAACCAG